AUGGCCCACUCAUACAAGGCCGCAUAUCCUAGUGACGCCGCAGUCUCCCCGGAAAUUGUCCAAUUCUUCGAGGACUUUUACCGCGUAUCGGACAUCCCGGGAGAGCAUGAACAAUAUGUAGACCUAUUCACACCAGAGGCAACAUUUAUUCUGGCUUCAAAAAAGUCACAGGGGAACGAUGAAAUCACGACGACGAGAAUCGGCAUGUGGUCUGUAGUAGCAUCUCGAAAACACACCAUCUACAAGGUGUUUCCGUACUCCAACACAUCUAGUGAAUUCAUGCUGUAUGGAUCCGUCGCCCUUGGGCUGCGUAAUGGCACCAACAUUGACGUGGAUUGGGCGGCGAGAGCAGAUGUUGUCAAGUCUGCUGAUGGCAAGUGGAGGAUGAAGUUUUAUCAAGUUUAUAUGGACACUGGUGCGAUUACGGCACAUCUUAAAUAA